AUGGCCAACACCACCCCGUGUCCUCCGGGUCAGUUCGUGUGCGGGGACAUCUCGUGCAUCCCCCUGUCCGCCCUCUGCGACGGCGUCAACGACUGCAACGACGCCUCCGACGAAGCCUCCUGCAUUUCCGGCUGUGAUGACAACUUCCUGUUCACGGGGACGUCCGGGAGCUUCAACUCCUUGAACUUCCCCGGGAACUACAACGACUCAACCAACUGCCGCUGGAUCAUUCGGGCCCCGGACGGCUACGCCGUCCAAAUCUCCUUCUCAGCCUUUGCGCUUGAAAACAGAUACGACUUCGUCAAGAUCUACAAGGGACUGGGGCCCGACAAGGAGCUCCAAGCUUCAUUGACGGGAACGAGCAUCCCCGACGACGUGCGGGUCUUCAGCCACGAGCUCACCGUGGAGUUCACCUCCGACAUGAGUCAAACAGACAGCGGCUUCAGUGCCUCCUUCACAGCGUUUGACUUCUCCGGACUCACGAACAAGGAUCUGGUGGACUGCAACUUCGAGUCGGGCUGGUGCUACUGGGACCAGGACCCCUACGACAGCGCCAACUGGGAGCGGCUGAGUGGGCCCACUUCUCCAGACACCACUGGCCCGGACGUGGACCACACUUUUGGAAAUUCGUCAGGGUUCUACAUCCGGAAUCAAAACAGCGGCGUCGCCACGAGCAUCCGCACAUUUAUCUUGGACCCUGAACCCAACCCCACGUGCCUCAAGUUCUGGUUCAACAUGCACGGGGUGGACGUCUAUCGCCUCUCCCUGUCCUUGCGGAGGGAGGGAGUGCCCGAUGUUCCCGCGUGGCUCAAAGAGGGGAACUACGGCAACUUUUGGCACUACGGGCAGCUCUCUUUCGUAGAAGCGAAUUCCUUCCAGGUGGUGUUUGAGGCCCGGCGGAGGUCCGGUAGCAGUGAGAUAGCGCUGGACGACAUCUCGCUGGAGCCUGGGGACUGCCCGGAGUUGCCCUAUCCCGGGCCCACCCCUAUAAUCCCUACCACCCCCCCGUGUUCUCCGGGUCAGUUCGUGUGCGGGGACAUCUCCUGCAUCCCUCUGUCUGCGUUCUGCGAUGGCGUCACCGACUGCAACGACUCCUCGGACGAAGUUGCCUGCAAUUCCGGCUGUGACGACAACUUCCUGCUUACGGGGACAUCCGGGAGCUUCAACUCCAUGAACUUCCCUGAGAACUACGAAAACAACGCCAACUGCCGCUGGAUCAUCCGGGCCCCAGAUGGCUACGCAGUCCAAAUCUCAUUCUCGGCCUUUGAUCUUGAAAACAAUUACGACUUCCUCAAGAUCUUCAAGGGACUGGGUGCUGACAAGGAGCUCCAAGCUUCAUUGACGGGAACUAGCAACCCCGGUGACGUCCGGGUCUUCGCUCACGAGCUCACCGUGGAGUUCACCUCCGAUAGCAGUGCAGUCAAAAGUGGCUUCAGCGCCUCCUUCAGCACAUUCGACUUCUCUGCUCUCACAAACAAGGAUCUGGUGGACUGCUCCUUCGAGUCGGGCUGGUGCUACUGGGACCAGGACCCUUACGACAGCGCCAACUGGGAGCGGCUGAGUGGGCCCACUUCUCCAGCUAACACCGGUCCAGAUGUGGACCACACUUUUGGGAACUCGUCAGGGUUCUACAUCCGGAACCAAAAGAGCGGCGUCGCCGCGAGCAUCCGCACAUUUACCUUGGACCCCGAACCGAACCCCACGUGCCUCAAGUUCUGGUAUCACAUGUAUGGGGUGGACGUCUAUCGCCUCUCCCUGUCCUUGCGAACCGAGGGAGUGGCUGACGUUCCCCUGUGGGUCAAGGAGGGGAACUACGGCAACCAGUGGCACUAUGGGCAGCUCUCCUUCAGCCAACCACAGAACUUCCAGGUGGUGUUUGAGGCCCGGCGAAGGGCGGGCAGCAGCGAGAUAGCACUGGACGACAUCUCGCUGGAGCCUGGGGCCUGCCCGGCGUUGCCCUAUCCUGAGCCCACCCCUAUAAUACCCACCACUCCCCCGUGUCCCGCGGGUCAGUUUGUGUGCGCCGACAUCUCGUGCAUCCCCCUGUCCGCGCGCUGCGACGGCGUCAACGACUGCAACGACGCCUCCGACGAAGUCUCCUGCACUUCCGGUUGUGAUGACAACUUCCUGUUCACGGGGACAUCCGGGAGCUUCAACUCCAUGAACUUCCCCGGCAACUACGACAACAACGCCAACUGCCGGUGGCUCAUCCGCGCCCCGGAGGGCUACGCCGUCCAGUUCACCUUCUCGGCAUUUGCGCUCGAAGACCGGUACGACUUUUUCAACAUCUACAAGGGGAUUGGCGCCGCCAAAGAGAGGCUGGCUUCGUUAACCGGAGUCAGCAACCCCGGCGACGUGCGGGCCUUCGCCCACGAGCUCACCGUGGAGUUCACUUCCAACAGCCUCCAGACAUAUGGCGGCUUCAGCGUAUCCUUCAGCGCGUUCAACCUCUCGGGACUCACAAACAAGGAGCUGGUGGAUUGCACCUUCGAGUCGGGCUGGUGCUACUGGGACCAGGACCCCUUCGACAGCGCCGACUGGCAGCGGCUGAGCGGUCCCAGCUCUCCAGCCAGCACCGGCCCGGACGUGGACCACACCUUUGGGAACUCGUCAGGGUUCUACAUCCGGAACCAGAACAGCGGCGUUGCCACGAGCAUCCGCACAUUUACCUUGGACCCCGAACCCAACCCCACGUGCCUCAAGUUCUGGUACCACAUGUACGGGGUGGACGUCUAUCGCCUCUCCCUGUCCCUGCGGACGGAGGGAGCGGCCGAUGUUCCCCUGUGGCAGAAGGAGGGAAACUACGGAAACCAGUGGCACUACGGGCAGCUCAACUUCACCCAAUCACAGAACUUCCAGGUUGUGUUUGAGGCCCGGCGGAGGGCGGGCAGCAGCGAGAUAGCGCUGGACGACAUCUCGCUGGAGCCUGGGGCCUGCCUGGAUGCGCCCUAUCCCGAGCCCACCCCUAUAAUCCCCACGACUCCCCCGUGUCCCGCGGGUCAGUUUGUGUGCGCCGACAUCUCGUGCAUCCCCCUGUCCGCGCACUGCGACGGCGUCAACGACUGCAACGACGCCUCCGACGAAGUCUCCUGCACGUCGAGUUGUGACGACAACUUCCUGUUCACGGGAACGUCCGGGAGCUUCAACUCCAUGAACUUCCCCAACAACUACGAGAACGACGCCAACUGCCGCUGGCUCAUACGCGCCCCUGAGGGCUACGCCGUCCAGUUCACCUUCUCGGCGUUUGAGCUCGAAGACCGGUACGACUUUGUCAACAUCUACAAGGGGAUUGGCGCCGCCAAGGAGAGGCUGGCUUCGUUGACGGGAACGACGAACCCUGGCGACGUGCGGGCCUUCGCUCACGAGCUCACCGUGGAGUUCACCUCCGACAGCAGCCAAGUGCGAGGAGGCUUCAGCGUCUCCUUCACCGCAUUCGACUUCUCCCAACUCACGAACAAGGAGCUGGUGGAUUGCUCCUUCGAGUCGGGCUGGUGCUACUGGGACCAGGACCCCUACGACAGCGCCGACUGGGAGCGGCUGAGCGGGCCCAGCUCUCCAGCUAACACCGGCCCGGACGUGGACCACACCUUUGGGAACUCGUCAGGGUUCUACAUCCGGAACCAGAACAGCGGCAUCGCCACGAGCAUCCGCACAUUUACCUUGGACCCCGAACCCAACCCCACGUGCCUCAAGUUCUGGUACCACAUGUAUGGGCGGAACGUCUAUCGCCUCUCCCUGUCCCUGCGGACGGAGGGAGCGGCCGACGUUCCCCUGUGGUUCAAGGAGGGCAACUACGGCAACCAGUGGAACUACGGGCAGCUCUCCUUCAACCAAUCGCAGAGCUUCCAGGUGGUGUUCGAGGCGCGGCGCAGGGCGAGCGAAAGCGAGGUGGCUCUCGACGACAUCUCCCUGGAGCCCGGGGCCUGCCCGGAGUCGCCCUACCCCGAGCCCACCCCCUUCAUCAUCACGACGCCGGUGCCCACGACGACUCCCCCUCCCCCCCCCCCGCCCGCAGGGGACUGCGGCGGCCCCCACGAGCUGCGUGAGCCGAACGUCACCUUCACGUCGCCGAGAUUCCCCUUCGCCUACAUGGACAACGCCGACUGCACGUGGUACUUGUUGGCCGACGAGGGCAAGAACGUGCUGCUGCACUUCAGCCUCUUCAGCCUCGAGAACAACUACGACUACGUGGAGCUGCGCGACGGGCACGGCUCCGACGCCCCACUCAUCGGCCGGUACACGGGCUCGGGCCCGCGAGAGGACGUGUUCAGCACGGUGAACGCCAUGACCGUGAGGUUCACCAGCGACAGCUCCAUCAACAGCGCCGGCUUCAGUGCCAACUUCAGCACCGGCGUGCGGCUCGGCAUGCCACCGACCUGCGCUCCGGGACAGUUCCAGUGCCAGGACUUGGAGUGCGUGCCCCGGGAGGCCGUCUGUGACCGCAGCAUCGACUGCAGCGAUGCCUCGGACGAGAAGAACUGCGUUCGCCUGCAGAACCGCGUGGGCCCCAGCGGCGUGGCCCAAUUCCUGGUGGACUCUGAGUGGCACAGCGUGUGCUCCAGCUCCGCCUGGGUCACCGAAUUCAACGCCUUCGUCUGCCUCUACACCGGCUACCCUGGAGCGAACAGCAGCGGCUCGGUAGGGGCUGCUGGGUACGGUCCCUACGUCAUCGCCAGCGGCAACUCCAUCGCCACCAUCCAACUGACGCCCAGCAUCUCCUGCCCAACCAACCAAGUCGUCCAGACAAACUGCAACCCCCCAGACUGCGGUAAGCGGCCGCUGGUGCCCAGCGGGCGAGUGGUGGGCGGCCAGGACGCGGUGCCGGGGGGCUGGCCCUGGGUCGUGUCGCUGCGCUACAACGGGAGGCAUCUGUGCGGCGCCUCCAUCGUGGACGACGAGUGGCUGGUGACGGCGGCGCACUGCGUGGAGGGACGGGACUCGAACAUGGACUCGUGGGCCGCGCUGCUGGGCCUGCACCUCCAGUCGGACCACGCGGCGACGCCGUCGCAGUCGGUGGCCAUCUCGGCCAUCCACAUCCACCCCGGCUACAGCUCCAGCUCCAACGACAACGACAUCGCCCUCAUGCGCCUUGCCCAGCCCGUCGAAUUCACCGACUACAUCGCCCCGGUGUGCCUCCCGGAAGGGGACCAGGACUUCCCGGCCGACAUGACCUGUGCCAUCGCCGGCUGGGGCAACACCAGGGAAGGAGGCGGCUCGCCCGACGCGCUGCAGGAGGCCGAGGUUCCGCUGCUGUCCAACGAGGCGUGCAUAGCGCUGCAGGGCAGCCUCUUCGACAUCACCGACAACAUGGUGUGUGCCGGUUUCGUGGAGGGCGGCGUGGACACGUGCCAGGGUGACUCUGGAGGUCCCCUCAUGUGCGAGCAGAGCGGGGCCUGGUUCCUGGUGGGCAUCACCUCCUUCGGCCAGGGCUGUGCCCGGCCCAACCGGCCCGGGGUGUACUCGCGCGUCACGCAGUACCCGGAAUGGAUCAACGGCUACCUGGAGCAGAGAGGCAGGGAGUGAGCGAGCGGGCAGGCGGUCGUGAGACCCCAUGGGACUCGUAGGGAGCGAGGUCACGGGUGGAGUUAGCCUGGUCACUGGACGACUCGCGUAGAGACCCAUGGAUUCACACAGAGAGCCAUGGACCCCCCCCCCCCCCCACACAGAGAC